AUGGCUCCUUUUGAAGAUGCAAUGUUCUGGAUCGAUAUCAAUGCAUAUGACAUCAGUCGGAAGAUAGGGUAUGUGGCAUCUUUGGAAACCGGUGAUAUUGGUGUAGGCGGCAUGAGAAAAACAAGGCACAAGCAUAUCGGACGGCACCACUUCCGUCGCGGCCUCUGUCGGUGGGCUUCGCAGAACCAACAAAAUCGCAAGGCAAUAACGUUUUUGGGAUCCGGUGGUGGUUUCAUAUCGGCCAUACCUGACGCAAUCCACUCUUCCUCACCUACAAGACACAAGUACUUCAGAUUCCAAGGGCAAGGCGUGAUUGCGCGGUGCGGAUUCAAGAGGGAAUACAAGGAACGUUUUGCUGACAAUAAAUCAAUGGAAUUAGACUUAAAGGAGAAAGGUCCUUAUUAUGAGAUGGCAACAGUCAACAAAGUGGAGAAUUACAGAGUUAUCGAGAAGAAAACACACUAUGAAAUCGCCAUGACAUGUCAUAUUUAUCAUUGACUUUGUUGUAGAAUAACAAUCAGAACUUUUUAUUGUUUCGUGACUAUUUCAAUUUCUAUCAUAAUAAGAUUCACAUGUACAAACUUUAUUGGAUGUAUGAAUCAUGGCUCUAAUGGGGUUAUUAUUAUUAAUCCUUUUUUUGUG